AUGUGUGUGGUGUGUAUGUGGGGAAGACAACACAUAAAUUUCAUUUGUGCAUUUCCCCCUCCCCCCCCUCUCCUUCUUCCUCCUUUCUUUCCUUCGAAAUCUGCAGAAACAAAAAAUAAUGGUUAUGAUGACGAUACGGAAGAAGACGGAAGGGUGGAUGCACUGGUAGAAGUAAAAGUAGUGGGAAAGGGGGAGAACGUUAAGUUAAGGUAA